AUGUCUCAGCAACCUACAAAGGUCAAGGCAGUCUUCUUCGACUUCAUGGGAACUUGCCUUAACUGGCAUGCCAGUGUAGUCAAAGCCUUACCCGCCACCAUUCCAAAGGAAGAGGCGUCAAAGUUCGCGCUCGAAUGGCGCAGACAAUACUUUAUCGAGAUUGCAAACCGGCAUGCGCAGGGUCUUGAGCCUGAGGAUAUUGACAUUACGUUCGCGCGGGUCCUCGACAACCUGUUGGACCAGUCUCCCGUGUACGCCAGCCACUUCAGCCCCGAGAUCAAGACCGAGUUGAUAAAAGCAUGGCACUCGCAGCCUGCCUGGCCCGAAGUUUCCAAGGCAAUCGAGAGCCUGCGGAACGACCUCGGCCUUGAAGUGUUUGUGCAUGCCAACGGCACGACUCGCUUGCAGCUUGACCUCGUCCGUUUUUCAGGGCUGAGCUUCAACAUGCUCUUUUCCAGUCAGCUUCUGGGUGUCUACAAGCCUAGCCCCACUGCGUAUGAAAAGGCAUUGCAGCUUGUCAAGCUCAAGCCUGAGGAAGUGGUGUUGGUUGCAGCGCACGCAUAUGAUUUGCGAGGGGCGCAGAAGGUUGGGUUGCGGACCAUCUAUGUUCAUCGAUGGACUGAUGAUGUCGAUGAGGAUAUGGCAAAGGUUCGGUCCGAGUUUGAUGUAUUCCUGGAAGACAUGACGGACUUGCCCAAGGCAGUCGGUAACUUGUGA